AUGACAAUUUUAGACUCGAUAAAAUUAAUUGCACAAUCAUGGAAUGGAGUAUCAAAAAACACUAUUAAAAACUGCUUUCAACAUGCUGGUCUAGUGAAAUCGAUCGAGGAGUUUCAUUCAGAUGAUGACUUGCCUCUGAAUCAGCGGUACGAGAAAUAUAAAAGUGUUGAUGAUGAUGAUUGGAACGUCCUCCUAAGUGAUUGGUUGCGAAGUCACUGCUCAGACGUAACUACUGUGGAAAAAUAUCUUUCCGAAUUAGAUAGAUUUACGACCAUCGACGAUAAUUUGGUAGCAACAGAGACCUCAAUGGAUUGUGACAUUAUUGCUGAAAUUGAAGUAAAACUAUUCAACGAAUGA